CGGGCCCGCGAUGGCGCUGGCGCUGCUCGCCGCCCUGGCCGCGCUGGUUCUGCUGCAGCGGCUGCUGCGGCCGCACCUUUGGGCCGACGUGGCGUUCGCGGCGCGGGCGGCACGGUGCCGGCGGCGAGCGGCGGCGGCCGCGGGGGGAGCGGGGCUGGCGGCGCGGUUCCUGCGGGCGGCCCGGGAGAGACCCGCGAGGCCGUUCCUGAGGGCGGCGGGGCGCUCGGAGCGCUACGGGGACGCGGCUCGGCGGGUGGCCAAGGUGGCGAACGCGCUGCGGGGACGGGCGCUGCGCGGCGGCGGCGAGCUGGGUCCCGGCGUGACCGUGGGGCUGCUGGUGGGCAACGAGCCGCGCUUCGUCUGGGGCUGGCUGGGGCUGUCGGCGCUGGGCGUUCGACCCGCGUUCCUGGGCACGGCGCUGCCCCCCGCUGCCCUCCGGCAUUGCCUCCGCGCCUGCGGGGCCAGGGGGCUGCUGGUCAGCGACGACCUGUUUGGGGCAGUGGAGCCCAUCCUGCCCGACCUGCAGGAGGACGGGGUGCUGGUGUGGGUGCUGGGCUCGGGGCCGUAUCCCCCCGGCGUCGUGGCCCUGCAGGAGCUGCUGGAUGCGGCCUCGGAGGAGCUGGAGCCCGAGGACGUGUGGCAGCCCCAGGACAUGAACGACACCUGCCUCUACAUCUUCACCUCGGGCACCACGGGUCUCCCCAAAGCCGCUCGUGUUUCCCACCUCAAGUCCAUCAUGUGCCUGAGCUUCUACGAGCUGGUGGGAGCCUCCAGCCGGGACGUGGUUUACCUGGCGCUGCCCCUUUACCACAUGGCCGGGUCCCUGCUGGGCAUCGCCGGCUGCAUCGGCAUCGGAGCCACUUGCGUGCUGAAGGAGAAGUUCUCAGCCAGCCAGUUCUGGGAUGACUGUCGUGCCGAGGGAGUCACCGUGUUCCAGUACAUCGGCGAGCUCUGCCGCUACCUGGUCAACCAGCCCCAGCGUCCCGGGGAGCGUGAGCACGGGCUGCGCAUGGCUGUGGGCAGCGGCUUGCGGCCCGACGUCUGGAGGAGCUUCCUGAGGCGUUUCGGGGCCAUUCGCAUUGUGGAGACCUACGGCAUGACCGAGGGCAACGUCACCCUCUUCAACUACACGGGCACGCCGGGCGCCGUGGGCCGCGGCAGCUUCAUCUACAAGCUCUUCUCUCCCUUUGAGAUCGUCCGUUACGACGUGAGCGAGGGAGCCCCGGUGCGGGACGCGUCCGGCCGCUGCAUCCGCGCGGGGACGGGUGAGACGGGGCUGCUCAUCGCGCCCGUGACCCCCAGGACGCCGUUCCUGGGCUACGCGGGCAGCCGGGAGCUGUCGGAGCAGAAGCUGCUGCGGGGGGUGUUCGCUGAGGGCGACGUUUACUUCAGCACCGGGGACCUGAUGGAGCAGGACGCGGCUCAGUUCGUGUGGUUCCGCGACCGCACCGGGGACACCUACAGGUGGAAAGGUGAGAACGUGGCCACCACCGAGGUCGCCGAAGCCUUGGUAGCCCACGAGUCCCUGCAAGAAGCCACCGUCUACGGCGUCGCCGUGCCAGGCCACGAGGGCCGUGCCGGGAUGGCGGCGCUGGUGCUGCGGCCCGGCUGCCGCCUCGAUGGCUCCGCGCUGUACCGGCACGUGGAGCAGCUGCUGCCGCCCUACGCGCGGCCCCGCUUCCUGCGGCUCCAGGAGCGCCUGGCCGUGACGCAGACGUUCAAGCAGCAGAAGGUGCGCCUGGCUCGGGAGGGCUGCGACCCCGGCGGCGUCCCCGACCCGCUCUUCCUCCUGGACGAGGCCGCCCAAGCCUACGUGCCGCUGGGCCCCGAGCUGUGGCAGCGGGUCCUGGACGGCCGCCUCCGCAUUUAGCUGCAGCUCCCGCGGCCUGAGCCCGGGCAGCGCCCCGCAGCCCUCCUGCCGCGCCCGCUGCCCCACGGGUACCCCACAGCCACCCCGAGGGUCCCACGGCCAUCCUGCCAUCCCCGGGCCCCCCACACCCAUCCUGUGGGUCCCCAAAUCCAUCCUGAGGGUCCCCACGUCCAUCCUGCCAUCCCCAUGUCCCCCACACCCAUCCUGUGGGUCCCCAAAUCCCCAUGUCCAUCCUGAGGGUCCCCACAUCUAUCCUGCCAGCCCCAUGUCCCCCACAUCCAUCCUGCGGGUCCCCAAAUCCAUUCUGGGGGUCCCCCACAUCCAUCCUGCCCUCCCUGGGCCCCCCACAUCCGUCCUAUGGGUCCCCACGUCCAUCCUGAGGGUCCCUCAUGUCCAUCCUGCCAUCCCCAUGUCCCCCACAUCCAUCCUGUGGGUUCCCAAAUCCCCACAUCCAUCCUGAGGGUCCCCAAGUUCAUUUUGAGGGUCCCCACAUCCAUCCUGCCAUCCCUGGGUCCCCUAAAUCCAUCCUGGAAGUCCUAAAGUCAGUCCUGUUGGGUUCCCCAUGUCCUCACAUCCACCCUCCAGCUCCCCACACCCACUCUGGGGGGUCUCCACAUCCCUCCCAACGUCCCCAAGUGCCUCCUGCUCCAACCCUCCGUCUCCCCCCUGCCCACCCCACCCCGAGGGUCACGUCCCUCCCCAUCCCCACUUGUCACCCCCUCCCAGAGCCACCAGUGCCUCCCCCACAUCCUGGGGUACAAACACACUCCUUUUAGGGUGUUUUUUUUGCAA